CCAAGUGUAGUGUUGUGAACAGAUCCGUGAUGAAAUGUCACCUUUUACUGGUAUAUUGUGGUGUGUGUUAAUUGUGACAGUCGCUGCGAUAAAAGACGACAAUGAGGUCGAUCGGUUCCCACGCCUCUUCCACUUGGAUAAUUACGAGCGAUGUUUGUCAAAAAAGAAUGGCCUCUACUGUCUUGGCACGUUCCAACUCAGCUCUGAUGGCCCCAAUUCACUAUAUGACUCCUUAAAGACUCUGAAGUACUGUCGAACGAACAAACAAGCAAAGACGUUAGAAGAUGUUGAGCUACCUCAUAUUAUAGUUGCAUUAGUAGUCGGCGUUUUGCUGGUCUUAAACGUCGUUGAGAACAGCAUUCUGAGCAUUUGGUCAGUAAAGGAGAAUUGGCGUCGUCUCAUUUGCACCUACGACGACAGUGAUCCUAUUCGAGCCGCACUACAUCCUAUACAAGGAACCAGAGUGCUGCUACUGUUACUGGUGAUAAUAGCUCAUGCGAUUGAAACAACCUACAAAUUGCAUCUCGCCAACCCUAUUUUCUUAGAAACCGCUCAAAGAAAUCCUAUGUCAAUAUUUCUCAAGAACGGUACUUCUUCAGUACAAGCAUUUAUAGUUAUUUCAAACUUCCUAUUCGCCUACAUGCUGUUAGGAUACUCUCAGAAGAAGAAAGUCAGCCUCUCAAUGCUACCGAUGUGCAUUUUGUAUAGAAUAGUAAGAAUAUCGCCAGUGUACCUCCUGACGAUAGGCUUCAUGUCGAGCUGGUGGCGGCUGGCUGGUGAUGGCCCAAUGUGGUCAGACCUGGUCAUAUCUGAGAGCGAAAUCUGCAGACAGAAAUUCUGGAUGCACGCCUUCUAUGUGCAUAACCUGGUCCAUCCUGAGAAGUGGUGCAUGCUGCAGUCUUGGUUCUUAGCGGUGGAUAUGCAGCUAUACGUAAUAGCAUGUUUCUUAACUCUCUUGUUAGUGAACAAUCGUCGACGAGCUCUGUACGUCAUCGGCUGGCUGUUCGUCGCCUCGUGUGUCCUGAAUUCCGGCUUAGCUUACAUCUAUGAAUGGAAAUCUCUGAUGUAUCUUCUAUCACCUGAGAACUUACGCAACACAUUUGAGGGAGUUACGUCAUUCUGGUACUUCUACAUAUCUCCGUGGGGCAGUCUGCCCGCCUGCCUGCUCGGUCUGUUUGUAGCACAUCUACAGUUCUACGCCAAGGAACAAGGAUUUCAAAUAACAAAUACCAAGUGGAUUGUACACCUGUACCACAUAGCAGUGCCGCUGUGCGUCGCGUGGGUGUUCACUGGCCACAUCAUGUCAACAUGGACCACGCGUCUCUCCAUGGCCACCUACAUUGGUAUAGAAAGACCAAUGUUCUCCGCUAUAUGCGCUCUGCUGUUGUACGGAUCUAUUGAUAAUCUUGAUAACUGUUUCAGACGUUGGAUGGCGUGGCGCGGCUGGCAGGUGCCGGCGCGGCUCUCACUGUGCGUGUUGGUGAUACACCGAGUUAUCAACACGCAGUUGGUCGCUGUCCGUACUGCUGCUGUUACUACUUCUGUAGUAGCUAUUACAAUAGAGGUUAUAAUAACAACGUUUGCUACAUAUCUACUGGCGAUACCAAUGAUGUUACUCGUAGAAAUGCCGAUACAACGUACUUUCGUUGCAUACAUCUCACGAGGGAAGCAGUUAGAAUAACAAAUAGGAAAAUCUGGCUGUGCUACAAUUAAAUAGAUACAUUCGUUUAAACGUAUUGUAUAUUUGUAUAUGCGACUGGGAAUAAUAACCAAUGGGACCUUUUUAAUGAGAACGGAAAUUGUUUCUCACUUGGAUAAAGCUAUUUGCUAUCUUUAUUAUACCAUCGUUUGCAAUUUAUUGCUACCUAUUUGUAAAUUGAGGCGUUUAUCUCUUGUCAAGAAAGAAGGCUUUUUUUUAAUUCUUACACCUCAAAAUGCUCUAACUGUACACACUACAGUAAGUUAGUCUGAUUUCUAAGAGUACUGUGUACAAAAAUAUUUACGUGUUUAAAUAAUUCAGACGGUAAUAUUACUGCUGUUCGAAUAAGGAGUGGUGAAUGGUCAUCCUUUUCUAAGCUAGUAAAAUUCAUAUCAGUAUAACAGUUUCGUAACUUAUUUUAGUAAUAGAAUACAAUUACAUUUAUUAAUUAAGGCAUGUGUAAGCAGAGAUGUAAUCUAACAAAGCUGUAACUUAGUUUUAUUUAUUGUUUACAUUUGUCAAAUUAUCAAUAGCAAAAGUCAAAAUUACAUGACAUGACA